AGCAAGCAGUUUUCCCCCAUUGUUGACUCAAUAUCAAGAAAGAAAGCGAGACGGGAGAGAAACGCUUUGUGUCACAUCGCUCAACUUUAACGCGACUUCUCAGAUAGAGCGAUUUAUAUGUGAUCUCGGUCCAUCAGUCUGUUCUUCCGUCUUCUGAUGGGUGAAGUUUUACGGAAAACCCGUUAAGACUGGAAGAUUUCUACCCCACAAAGGACUGCUCUCAUUGUAAACAUGUACAUGUAUGGUUUAUUGAAGAGUCGCAGUAAUAUGAGUGAUAUUAUGAGAUCGGAGUAUCAGGGGUGUGUGGACGGGACUCUGAUGGACGGAUUCAGUGUUUUGAUUCAGGCUCUGUUGGCUCUUCUCGCUUUCAGCACUUUAAUGUUGAAAAGAUAUCGUGAGCCUGUCGGAAUCAGAAGACCUUGGAGAAUCUGGUUCUUUGAUACAUCUAAGCAGGCCAUUGGUGCUCUCUUCAUGCAUUUUGCCAACAUCUUCCUCUCCACGCUCACCAAUGAAGAUCCCUGCUCUCUGUAUCUGUUGAACUUCCUGUUGGAUGCCACACUGGGAAUGCUGGUGAUCUGGGUGGGGGUGAAGGUUGUUUCUAAGAUAGUGGAGCACAAACAAGUAACACUGCUGAUGUUUGGAGAAUACGGUGACCCUCCUUGUGUGGUGGCGUGGUUGGCACAGUGUUCAGUGUAUUUACUCAUCGUUGCUGUGGAGAAAAGUGUGGUGACUGCGGUUCUGCUCAUACCUGGGUGGACCAAUCUGGAGGCUGUAGUGUUGGACUACAUCCCAAACCCACAGCUGGAGUUAACCAUUGUCAUGCUGAUUGUGCCUUUCAUAGUCAAUUCUAUAAUGUUCUGGGUGGUGGACAGUUUAACAAUGAGGAAGUAUAAGAAGAUGACAUCACUGGAAGGGUCACGUGACUAUGCAAAGCAAGUGGAGGUGCUGCCAGAUGUGUGCAGUGAUGAAGCUGAGGUGCUGUUAAAGGCAGAUGAAGAUGAGGCUACUGUGUGCUGUGAAGAGGAAGAGUACAUCGCAACAGAAGCUGAAUUAAGACGAGUCUACAUGAAAGUUUAAAACACACUCAUACAAAUAUAAGAAUGUCUUACUGUGUCUUUGUUUACGUUGUACAUAAAGCAGAUUGAAAAUGAAUAUAGCACUCGCUGUGCUGUGUUUUUGUUCUCUAGACUACAAACAAGUAAACGGAUUUGAACGGAUUGGAAAUGCCAAAAAAAGUUGUUGCUGCUUGAACAAAGUUGUGUGUGUGUGUGUGAGAGAGAGAGAGAGAGUGUGUCUGUGUUGUGUGUGUGUGUGAGAGAGAGAGAGAGUGUGUCUGUGUUGUGUGUGUGUGUGUGAGAGAGAGAGAGAGUGUGUCUGUGUUGUGUGUGUGUGUGUGAGAGAGAGAGAGAGAGCGAGAGUGUGUGUCUGUGUUGUGUGUGUGUGUGUGUGAGAGAGAGAGAGAGAGAGUGUGUGUGUGUGUGUGUGUGUGUGUGUGUGUGUGUGUGUGUGUGUGUGUGUGUGUGUGUGUGAGAGAGAGAGAGAGAGUGUGUGUGUGUGUGUGUGUGUGAGAGAGAGAGAGUGUGUGUGUGUGUGAGAGAGAGAGAGAGAGAGUGUGUGUGUGUGUGUGUGUGUGAGAGAGAGAGUGUGUGUGUGUGAGAGAGAGUGUGUGUGUGUGUGUGUGUGAGAGAGAGAGAGAGAGAGAGAAAGAGUGUCUUUGUGUGUGUGUGUGUGUUUGAGAGAGAGUGUGUGUGUGUGUGAGAGACAGAGAGUGUGUUUGUGUGUGUGUGUGUGUGUGUGUGUGUGUGUGUGAGAGAGAGAGAGUGUGUGAGUGCGUGUGUGUGUGAGAGAGAGAGAGAGAGUGUGUGUGUGAGAGAGAGAGUGUGUGUGUGUGUGUGUGUGUGUGUGUGUGUGUGUGUGUGUGUGUGUGUGUGUGUGUGUGUGUGUGUGUGUGUGUGUGUGUGUGUGUGUGUGUGUGUAGUGGAGCGGUAGUGUAGCGGUCAGCGCGCUGCUCUACGAACCUGGCGACCCGAGUUCGAUUCCCGCUCAUGGCCAACACCAGUGACGAUUAUCUGAACCGGUCCUGGGCCUCCCCUAGGUUGACUCAGCCUAAAAUGAGUACCUGGUGCGGUGUGUAAAACAUCUCCACUGGGGAGACAAAGGUGGUCGGGCGUGGUGCUGGCCACCCACCCCCUCGUGUACCGUUCCGGCCUUCAUAGGUGCUUGCUAACAGCACUUGCUUGUUAAGGCUAAAUGGGGAAUCUUUGUCUUUGUGUGUGAGAGAGAGUUUAUGAGAGUGUGUGUGUGUGUGUGAGUGAGAGAGAGAGAGUGUUGAAAAAAGUUCAUACUGUACAUGUUAUUUUUCAACUAUUAAAUACCUGCAAAAAGACAGUUGCAAUAGUUGCUAUAUAUUAUAUCAAAUUACAUUGCAGGAUGUUUGAACAGACAAAAGUGACUGUAUAUGUGCCAUCACAAAUCUGUCACAGUUCUCUAAUGUAUAAGCAAUAUAACAUAAUUAAUAGCAUAUGAGUUAUUAAAGGGAAACAUGAUCCUCCAUCGAUGUCCCUUAGAGUUUGUACUUCUUAGAAGUUAAUUAAAAGUAAAGAAAGACAGUGAGAUGAGAGGAGGUCUAAAGUUUCUCCUUAUUACAGACAUUUGGACUUCAUUUGAAGUCUAAACAACUCAAGUCACUACCUGUGAUGAACACUUUGUAUUUAACACACAGCAAACAUGUUUGCAGCUGUGACACAUGCUGGCUGACAUCUUGACAUUCUAUAGAACUUCAUAAACUUCAUAAAUGUAUGGUCUUAAAUUACUGUACAGUAUUCAAUUUUGUAUAAUACUUGUCUUUUUACACAUGCAGUGUCAUGCAAUAUUGCAAAUUUACAAUGCAAUAUAAAUUGUAAAUGUGUACAUUUUAAUUGCAUACAAUAAAACAAUGUAUAGAAAUUGUGAACAU